AUGGCUUUUGUAUAUAGAAGUGAAAAUAGAGGGACAUACAUACCUAAAACUGAAUAGGUAGGACCUGGACAAUAUGAUCACAUUCCUGAAAUUGAAUCAAGAUCUAAUCAACAUCCAUUUAACUCAACUGUCGAUAGAAUACAUAAAUCUAAUUAGCUCCAUCCUAUUCCUGGCCCUGGAACUUACAAUCUGUCUGGCUCCUUCGAGUGUCAGAAGGUGAUAUUCUAAUCCGAUGAACAAGAAAUCAAAAUUUUGGAAGUACCUAAACCAAUAUCAGUUUUCAGAUCAACUACUGUGAGAUUUAAAGAUGAUAGAUUUGAAGGACCAGGACCAACUCAAUACUUUCAAGAAGAAAGGAAGAAAUUUCAUUCCGCAGGCCAAGUGAAUCGCUCAAAAAAACUCAAUAUUUUAGAGUAAUUAGUAAAGGACAACAAAUACAUCAGCAUACCUUCCAUCCCUUCCAAUGUUCAUUAAGGCUAUAUUGAGAAUAAAGACAAUCAGUUGGAAUAAAAUCCAGUUGACUCCUCAAAUGAUGUUGGACCAGGAUCAUAUGACUUUAAAAGUACAUUCAACAAUACAAAACCCAGGGGAGUUUCUUGGCAUAAACCAAGAAGCUAAGACAAAAAGGACUAUAAAUCACCAAUUGGCCCUGGUUAUUAUGAUGUCAGCAGUCAAUCUUAACCUAUGUACCAAAUGAAACCAACCACAGCAUUUAGUUCCAAAUAAAGUAGAAAUUCUGAUUUCAGAUUCCAAAAUCUUAAAAGCAACACUGGAUAUAUUAAAAAGGGAUUGGACAAUAAAUAGUAUAGUUUUCAUCAAUCGACCAAUCCAGCUACUACUGCUCGAGAAACAGAUGCUGAUUCAGAAUAUAGUUAUAUUGAAGAUGCAACACCAGGUCCUGGUUACUAUGAAAAUGCUUCUACUUAAUAAACUAUUUCUUAAUUUUUAAACUAAUCUCAAAUUAAAGGAUCAAUUAAAACUAGAACUAAAAGAUUUCAAACAAAAUCGCAACAUACUCCUGGUCCUGGUAGUUACUAAUUGGAAAUCGCUGCUCAAAGAUAUAAAGGUGCCUAACCUCCCUUUUUGAUUAGCAAGAGUAGGUUCGAGGAGUAAAUUUCAGAAACUCCUGCUCCAGGGUAAUAUAAAGCAAGUAAUACAAUGGAAUAAAAAUUAAUCUAAAAGUUAAUGAAGGCCCCCUUGGGAUAAUUUGGAGUUAAUGAGAAUAGAUUUAAAGAAUAAAAGUUGUUAGUACCUGGACCUGGAGCAUAUGAAGUCAAUAAAAUAGAUGACGAAAAAAAGGAUAGGAAAUUACCAGAAUAAAAGGGAACAUUUGCUUUUAUGAGUCAUGCUCCUAAAAGCUAAGAUCUAUCCAUACCAAAUAUAAAUCCAGCCCCAGGUGCCUAUAAUGUAAAUUAACAUACAAUUUCCAAUAAAAUUAUUAAACCAGAAGAGGAAGAUCCUAAGCUGGCAGUAGUUAAACCUCCAUUUGGAGUUGGAGCUGAGAGAUGGAAAAUAAAAGAAGCUAAUGAAGAUGAGGAGGAGGAUGAACCUUUUUAUUUAGAAAAAUCAGCGUAAAAUUAAUUAGGAAUAUUUAAAAAAAAAAAGAAAGAUCCACCCCCAUUUAUGUGCAAGCAAGAACGAUUCUCAAAAAGUGUUCCUAAAAAUAUUAUCCCCGGUCCGAUGGAUUAUGCUGAUGGAAUGUUUCCGAAUUGGAAUAAAAGGACAUUUAACAUAAUAUUUGCUGAGAUUUGA